GUACAAGACCGUUAGGGUGAUGCUGCGCUUCAGCAAUGCAUACGAGAAGAUAUACAAAGAGGGCGGCGUGAACGUGUUAUUAACAAGAAACAAUGACAGAACAUACUUUAUUAGGAUGUUUGAUUCAAGAUUAUCAUAUAGCAAAGUUAAAGAUAAAUUUCGUUGGCAAGCUAUUAAAAGAUUGGAAAAUGGUGUGCAGAAUGAUGACAUAUUAGUUAUAAAAGAUAUGGUGAAAACUUUUCACGUUUUUUUUGGAAAAAUUAUUAGGGUUAAGGGAAUGCGCUUCAUUAUUUUAUAUUUUAACACGGAAUCAGAUUUGAUGACAGCAAUUAAUAAAUCUAUACAGAGAUUUGACAUGGGAAGUGGAUUGUUGAUCAAGAAAGAAGACGAUUACAUUAGCGAAAGUGGUGAAUUACGAGAAGUUAAUAGAAGAUUUGCUUAUUUUACUUAUAAGAAUAAUGCCUCAAGAUCAAAUGGUUUUCGUAUGGAGUGGAAACAACAAGGUAGUUCGAGUACACAUUCCACUCUAUCAAGGAGACAUAAUAAAUGGUGGUAGCAAGGGAAGGUAAAUG